GCUGACUGAAUGGUAUCUCCCUGCUCGGAUGGAUCGCUCCUCUGAAGCCGGGCAGGUCUCCCACCGCCGGAUGUCUCCCCCACCAGCGACCCUCCAGUAGAAACACUACCGCUGCACACACACACCAACACACACACACACUGGGAGAGAUUACUGUGUGUUAUUUCCCUCCCCGGGCAGGAAGCCUCCCCUCAGCAUGGCUUCCAACUUCAACGACAUAGUGAAACAGGGAUACGUGAGGAUACGGAGCAAGAAACUGGGGAUCUUCCGGAGGUGUUGGCUGGUUUUCAAGAAAGCUUCCAGUAAAGGACCGCGGCGGAUAGAGAAAUACCCAGACGAGAAGGCGGCGUACUUCAGGACCUUUCACAAGAUCACUGAGCUCCAUAACGUCAAGAACAUAACCCGGAUGCCGCGGGAGACAAAAAAACACGCGGUGGCGAUUAUUUUCUGCGACGACACAUCCAAGACGUUCGCCUGUGAAUCAGAGCUGGAUGCAGAGGAGUGGUGUAAGCUUCUGGUGCGUGGGAGUGGCCUCGGCAGCCGUCUGAACGACAUCAGCCUGGGGGAGCCGGACCUGUUAGCAGCGGGGGUUUUUUGAAUCUCUCCAGAGCGGUUCAACGUGUACCUCAUGCCCACGCCGAACCUGGACAUCUACGGGGAGUGCACCAUGCAGAUCACUCAUGAGAACAUCUACCUGUGGGACAUCCACAACAACCGCCUCAAACUCGUCAUGUGGCCGCUCAGCUCGCUGCGGAGAUACGGGCGAGACUCCACCUGGUUCACCUUUGAGUCUGGAAGGAUGUGUGACACAGGAGAGGGUUUGUUCACGUUCCAGACGCGGGAGGGGGAGAUGAUCUACCAGCGGGUCCACUCCUCCACGCUGGCCAUCGCCCAGCAGCACGAGAGGAUGAUGGAGGAGAUGGAGAAGAGCUCCCAG